AUGGGUAACCAAAUGAGUGUUCCCCAAAGAGCUGAAGACCAAGAGAAUGACCCGGAAGCAGACACUCACAAGGUUGCAUCUGGAGACGCGUGUGGUCAAAACGGCCUACCGGUCAUGAUGUUCGCCCGCCCUAUGCAACACUACGAGGAAGUCGAUCUGGCAGCCGGCGUCCGGGAGGAUACUGUGGCCGCUUCUUCCCCCGAGACAAUGGAGACCAGCGCGGCUGCGGAGGCCAACGGCGAGAGUCUUGGGAAGGAGGCCAAACCCCGCGCACCAGCUGCCAGAUCUCGUUUUUUCUUGACACUCUCUCGGCCUGUACCAGGGCGUACCGGAGACCAAGCCACGGAUUCAUCCAGCGGGUCCGUGCGGCCUGAUGUCAGCUCCGAUAAAGCUCCGGGGAACAAAGGCCCGAGUGAGCCCAUGGCGCUUCCGGCGGCAGCUGCACCCGGGCCCGGCCCGGAUAAAACCCCGGCGCAGACCCCGGCCCCGGCGGAGGGCCCCCCUGCCGCCCUCGGGCCGGAGCACCCUCCGUCUGCGGCCGGGGCAGCAGCCCCCGCCAAGCCCAAGGACUCCGGCUUCUUUGACAAGCUCUUCAAGCUGGACAAGGGACGGGACAAGGCCCCCGUGGACGUCCCCCAGGAGGCUGCGAGCGCGGAGCGCCCUCGCCCCGCCGCCGAGGCCCCGGGCUUACCCACGCAGGCCGAGGAUGGGCCUGCAGAGACGGACUUAGCUGACGGCGAGGGAAAGGGAGGACAGGAAGUCCCCACUGUGAGUCGCUCCGUCCCCGGGGACCCUGAGCAGCUGGAGGUUGCAAAGGACGCCCAGGCAGAGGACAGCUCCAUCAUGAGCUUCUUUAAAACCCUGGUUUCACCUAACAAAGCUGAAACAAAAAAAGAUCUGGAAGACACGGCAUCUAAGGGAGAAAGUGUCUCUGAUGGACAAGCCGGGCAGAAGACCUCCGAGGUCCAGGCUGAAGGCACCAAGAAAAGGCAGCUGCGCAGCCCGAGGCUGGGACUCGCCUUUAGGAGACUCUUCAGGCACGAGGGCGAGGAAAAGUCACCCGCCCCUUCAGCCAAUGUCAAGUCAGACGAAGCCAACGUUACUCUCCAGGAGCCCCAGGGAGCCGCCAAGAAUUCUGCCUCCGCUGAAACAGCGAAGGAGGUUGCGAAGGGAAAGGGGGGCCCCAGCUCUCUGCCUCUGGGCAAGCUGUUCUGGAAAAAGUCAGUUAAAGAGGACUCAGUCCCCACAGGUGCAGAGGAGAAUGUGGUGUGUGAAUCACCAGUGGAGGCUGUAAAGUCUGAGGAAGCAGAAGCAGCCUUGCAAACGGUGGGUCUCAGCGACGACGGAGAGCGCGCACCUGAGCCUGCAGAAGAGAUGCCCAGGAGAGAGGACCGCCAAGCCCCCAGGCCCUCCCUGCUGGCGCUCCUCAGACAGAUGUCAGUGAAAGGGGAUGGAGGGAUCACCCACUCUGAAGAAAUAAAUGGGAAAGACUCCGGCUACCAAACCUCGGACCCCACGGAGAAGGCGGUUGCUCCACCACAGCCAGAAGCGGCAGCUGCAGGCCAGAAGGGCAAAGAGGGCCCGUCCAAGGACAAGAAGGCAGCCGCGGAGACCAACAAGCAGAAGAGCACCAAGCAGGAAGCCAAAGAGCCGGCCCCGGGCGUGGAGCCGGCCGCCGGGGAGCCGAACUCGCUGCCGAACGGGGACAAGUCCCAGAAGAGACCCGAGAAGCGGCGGCAGUCCCUCGGGGGAUUCUUCAAGGGCCUGGGACCGAAGCGGAUGUUGGACGCUCAAGUGCAAACAGACCCCGUGUCCAUCGGACCAGUGGGCAAAUCCAAGUAA